ACGAGAAAAUAAUUAAAUCUAAGUUAAUUAAAUCAAUCUAUUAGAAUAAAAUAUUAAUUUAAUGAUAGUCAAAUGAAUAUGCAGUAUUCAAUAGACUAGUUUAAUUUAUACUUUAAUCUAUUUUUCUCUCUCUUUUGCAGAAAAGCUGUUUUAUCCAAUGGAAAUACGUGCCCAAAUGAAAAGCUGGAAGACUCUAUUGCCCAAAAUUAUUGCUGUACUUCAACAUGCGGAAGAAAAUCCAGUUGCCAACCAGUUUGUGAAGUUAUCUCUUGAUGAUCUCAGGGACUUGGCUUAUGAUAUGGAGGACAUACUCGAAGAGUUUGUGAUUGAUCCCAAAAGGUUUGAAUUGAUUGCAGAAUCUGAAGCCAGACCUAGCAAGCGACAAAGAAACAUCUCUAGUUUCAAGAAUUUUUUUAGCUCUAAUAAGGCUAAGCCCAAUCAAGAGAUUAAUUCCAUGGUGACGGAUCUGAGCGAUAGAUUGCAGAAAAUUGAAAAUGGGAUGCGUAGUUUGGACUUGACCAAUUUGGCUUUGAAACUUGAAGAUUGGUCUCACAGAGUAGCUGCAAAAAGAUUACCUGAUGAGUCUGCUUUACUUGUAGAUAAGGUGUGGGGUCGAGAUAGAGAUAAAGAUGCUAUUCUUCAGAGGUUGCUAAAAGAUGGAGGCAGUCUCGAACAAGAUUUUGUUAUUCCCAUUGUCGGAAUGGGUGGACUAGGCAAAACAACUCUUGCUCGUCUCAUUUACAAUGAUAAGAAACUGAAAGGCAGAUUUGACUUGAAGGCAUGGGUUUGUGUUUCUGAUGAGUUUGAUGUUACUCAAAUAACAAGAACCAUUUUAGAACAUGUAACUGGGGAGGAAUGGCGUAACUCUGAUUUUGGUUUGCUUCAAGAGAAAUUGAAAGGGAAAUUGAGCUACAAUCAUCUUCCUUCUUACUUGAAGCGAUGCUUUGCUUAUUGUGCUUUGUUCCCUCAAGACUAUGAAUUCAAAGAAAAGGAGCUGGUUUUAUUAUGGAUGGCUGAGGGCUUAUUGCAGCAACAGCCACGUGGAAAGAAGCAAAUAGAAGAGGAGAUUGGCCAUCAAUAUUUCCAAGAAUUAUUCUCAAGAUCACUCUUUCAACAAUCAAGUAAAAAUAAAUCAAGAUUUGUGAUGCAUGACCUCAUAAAUGAUUUAGCUGUAGAUGUUGCUGGAAAAAUAUAUUGCAAUCUUGAACGUAGCAUGGGUGAUGAAAAAUUAGAGAAAGCUCGUCAUUUGUCAUUCACUCCACACCAGUAUGAACUGUCAGAGAGAUUCACAGUCUUGGAUAAAUUGAAGCAUCUGAGAACAUUCUUGCCAUUAACAGCACACAAUUCCUGCUAUUUGUCUAAAAGAAUCUUGCAUGAUUUCCUACCAACAUUAAAUCGCUUAAGAGUGCUAUCUCUUCGCCACUAUCUGAUAAGCGAGCUACCAGAAUCUUUUCAAAAUUUGAAACAUAUUCGGUACAUUGAUUUUUCUUGUACAAGUAUCAAAUGUAUACCUGAAUCAGUGGGUUCUCUUCUCUUUUUACAAACACUGCUAUUAUGUGAUUGUAGACAGCUUAGUAAGUUGCCUAUGACAAUUGGGAAUCUAAUUGAUCUCCAUCAUCUUGAUAUCACUGAUACACCAUUUCUAACAGAGAUGCCAUCAGGAAUAAGCAAUCUUAAAAAUCUGUUAACAUUGUCCAAAUUCAUCGUGGGGGAGGCAAGUGGAAUGAUGACGAGAUUAUCUAAUUUGAAGAACUUGUCGCAACUUCGAGGAAGACUAUCUAUUCUAGAUUUGCAGAAUGUUUUGAAUGUUCAAGAAGCUAGGGAGGCCAACCUAGACAAGAUCCAUGGUUUGGAAGAGUUAGUCUUGGAGUGGAUUGCUCUUCGUAAUGAUAAAAUAGAAUUAGUCCUCGAAAUGCAGGUCCUCAGCUUGUUAAAACCUCAUUCAAAUUUGAAGAGUCUCAAAAUUUCUUGCUAUGGUGGUGAGAAUUUCCCAAAAUGGGUUUGUGAUCCAUCAUUAUUUUUCAAUUUAUCAUCCAUAGAGCUCCGUAAUUGUGAGAGAUGCACUUUGUUACCAUCACUUGGCCUACUACCUGCUCUAAAAGAAUUAAUUAUUGAAGGCAUGGGUUCAAUAGAAGCUAUAAAUUCUGAGUUUUAUGGGUUGCAUGGCUCUUUUCCAUCACUGGUUGAACUAGUGUUCAGAAACAUGCGAGAGUGGCGGGAAUGGACUUCUCCAGCUGGAAGUGCAGGUGAAUUCCCUUGUCUUCAUAAGCUUGUGAUUGAAAAUUGUCCUAAGUUGUUAGGACAAUUACCCAACAACCUUUCUUCACUUAAAGAGUUAGAUGUUAGCUGGUGUAAUGGGAAGCUUUUGAAGAGUAUGGGAGAUGUCCCCUCUCUUACUGAUUUGAGAAUUACACGAAUUUCAGAAUUGACUUGCUUGCCUAUGAGCAUGAGUCUUCCAUCAUUGAAAGAGUUGUCUAUUACAAACUGCAACGGGGUGCUUUUGAAGAGCAUGGUUGAUCUCACUUCCCUUGUUAACUUGAGAAUUCAGCUAAUUUCAGAAUUGACUUGCUUGCCUGAGGGUUUUACACAGUCCUGGACAGCACUUGAGACCUUGGAUAUUACAGAUUGCAAUGAUCUUACUUGUUUGUGGGAGGAAGGGAUAGAAAUAGAACAAAGCCUCUUGCCUUUCAAUCUUAAACAUCUUUCGGUUAUGGCAUGUGGAGCUUUGGAGUCAUUACCCCAUGCAAUGAUGAUGAGGAUGGAUGGAAGCAGUAGCAGCAACACUAGCAUGUGGAUGUCGAGACUAGAAAGGUUGGAAAUUUGUGAUUGUAAUUCUCUCAAGUCGUUUCCAAGAGGCAAAUUACCCACCUCGCUUAAAUACUUGAGUAUAGAGAAUUGUAAAGGUCUUGAGUCUUUACCAGAUGCUGAUGGUGACUAUAAUAAUAGCGAUCUACAUUCAAAAAUAUGUAAUCUUCCAUGUUUUUAUUCUUCUCAGGGUAGUUGUCAUCAGCUACCAACUUUUCUCAAGAAAUUUAGAGUUACUGAUGGUGACGAGUGGCUGGAAUCAUUUCCAGAGAAGAUGCUGCAACAUUGUACGGGACUCCAAUCCAUUGAAAUUGAUAGAUGUAAAAUAUUGAAAAGUUUACCCAAUCUUGAUUACGUCAGCAAUCUCGUUCGAUUAUCUAUUGAGAAGUGUGAAGUUUUAGAGUCCUUACCAGAAGAGUUGGGGUUAUGCACCCCCAAUCUUAAUUCGUUGAAGAUAAGAUGGUGUGAGAAUUUCAAAUCCCUCCCAAAUACGAUGUACCAGCUGAAAUCUCUUCAAGAGCUAUCGAUGUGGAGUUGCCCCAGCAUCGAGUUCAUUCCAGAUGGGGGUUUGCCCCCAAACUUAACAAUUCUUCAAUUAAAGGGCUGUGAGAAUCUCAAGUGUGUGCCGAAUACAAUGUACCAGCUCACAUCACUUGAGCAUCUAUCACUUUCAGGUGAGGUUUUGAUGAUGGGCCUCCAAAACCUUACGUCUCUUCGAUCGCUGACAAUUAGGCAGAAAUUCCCUCUGGAUAUUGUGCUGCCUUCUUCUUUAACCUCUCUUUGGAUUGAGGAAGAAGAAAAUUUGGAAUCCAUACCUGAGGGGCUAUUCCAAAACCUAGGCUCCCUUCAACGGUUAAGUAUAAAAGACUGCCCAGAGCUACGAUCUUUACCAAAGGAAGCCUUCCCUCCCUCGCUUGGAGAACUAUGUAUCUACCUCUGUCCGCAUCUAAAACGACAGCACUUUGAGGAAAAAGGAGACUACUGGAAUCUCACCUGGAGCAUCCCCUACGUUUGGAUAAGAGAAUGGGAGGUAAUAUGAGCUUAGAGUGAACAGAAACAUGCAUCACCAUUUUAUGCUUUUCAUAUGAGAAUUUAGAGAAAUUAUGUUGCCUUCUGUUGCCUUUUCUUAUAAGCAUUGCAAAUCCUUUUUCCCCAAUUGUUGAGGUAAAUAAAGCCAAGCCACUCCUCAAUGUUACUAAUACUUCAUUCAUUCCUUGGAUUUAUCAGCUGCACAUACUAUUUAUUAUUCACUUUAAAAUUAUUUUCCUCUGAAAACAUGCAUGCAUUCACUUGCCUCAAAAAUGGCUUACGUUUUCAGAUUAUUUCAAUGGAGAUGAGUUACUAGCCUUGGCAUUAAGGAUUAAACAACCUUGUAACCUGAGAUGAUGCUUCCAGUAUGAUGAGUCAGAAAUGAGUAAUCCGACAAUGUAUACUGCAUUCUCUCUUUAUUCAUCCCAAGUCACAGCCAAUAUUGUAGCACAAACACUACCAUUUUAGUUAACAAUGGGCUAACUUGCAAAGUAGCUUCAAGAUCUAACAACUUGAUGAAAAAUUGUGGUGUUCACAAAUUUGUCAUAGUUGCAAGCUUGAAGCUAUAAUGUUCUUCUACCCUCCAAAGAAUACCCUCUUUGAUAAGACAUGGAUUUUCUUUGAGUUUUUCUCGUAACUUCCCUUGAUCAAUUCCCUAAUCAAGGACAAUUCGAGGAUACGUAUAUAUAUAUAUAUAUAUAUAUAAAGGUGGAUGGGGUAAAGCUUUGAGGCAGCAUUAUGCACAAAUCAUUUCCAGGAUUCUUCUGUUGUACGUAUCCAUCCAUUUGGUGUUGAGAAAACUCUUCAUGAACACAUACAUGAACUGCAUGGAGCUUGGACCUUGAAUGUAUGUCGGUGGAGCUUUAAAUAACGGCCAGUAGUUGGUUUUGAUCAACAUUGUAAAAAAUAGUAGAGAAACUGUGAAAGUGAGUUGCAACAACAGCAGGGACGUUAGUAGACCAGUUAUGGUUCUGCUCGAUGAUCAACAGUGAUUUGGUCUCCAAUUCCUCUUGAUACACACUCAGCACGCUUAAUGAGAUUCCCAAUUUGAUUGGAGAUUUUGACUUCCAGCUUUAUUUUGGUGAUGAUUAAUACAUUAGUGAUCCAACAAUUUUAUUCUUGAUCAUUUUUUGUUGUGUACAAUCCUAGAGUAGAAAGAACUUUGUAAUAAUGCUAUUUUUAUAGUGAAUGUUUUCUACUGGACUAGGUCCCUUGGUUUUUUCCCCUUAAGGAAUUUUCACAUUAAAAAAUUUACUGUCUUGAUUUUGUGGAUAUUGAUUUUUGAUCCAUGAAUCCCCAAAUACUAAAAAAGCACACUUUUAUCUUUGUGAUCCCUAUUCAAAUUCAAGUUAUUAGCUGAAUUGAAAGGACUCUUUGGUGGUAGAUUAUAAUUGAACUUGCGUAUACUGUUAACCCAAACAAAGACCUACGAUUUGAUUCAUAUACAUAUUUCUGAAUUCAAUUGAAUAAGAGGGUUAUUGUUCU